AUGGAAAGUGACAUUCCAGCCACCUCCGGACCUCUGAAUCUAGUUGAAAUCAACUAUGAUGAUUUGUUUGAUCCCAUUGAAACAGCGAAACUAUCCGAAGUCCUAGUGUCACCCACAGCUCAACAACAACAUGCCGAUGGGGAACCUUCUCAGGUUCCAGAGGAACACCCAUCCGCAAUCCAAGGGGAACCUCAACCUCUGCCGAUUCCUCAAGGAAAUUAUGCUCCAAUAGAUCAAGAUGUUUCAGCAGGAUGCUCUCAAAUCCAGGGGGAAUUGCAAUCCCCAACCGCAGAUUCCUCUGACAUCCAACAUAUUUCUUCUACCGCAGCUGCUGAUCAUCUGAUGCCAGGGCAUUUGGAUGAGGAUGAGGAUGAAGAUGAGGAUGAGGAUGACCAUGGAGCUGAGGAUGAAGAUGUUGAUGACGAUGAGGAUGACCAUGGUGUGGGUGAGCCUUUGGAAGAAGACAUGGAUAACAAUGAAGAUGUUUAUCCUGAGUUGCCAAACAUUUUCAAUAAAAAUCUACAUUAG